AUGAAACGUGCGAGCGGGACGGCACGCGUGUCGGAAAGGCUAGAAGUGCCGGAAUGGUUUGUGAUUGGCAGCGAAUGUUCUGCAGCGGGGCACUAUUGGCGUAGCGGCGGGGGUCACGGGGCGGCGGGGGGUGCCCGCCAUUACCAGCAAUGGCCGGCGGCGCGCUCGUUAGCGAAUAGCUUUUAUCUCUUUCUAAUGCGCGGCGCGCAGGUGGGAUUUAAUGAGACGGAGGGAUUUCCGCGCGGGCGCGGCGCGGUGGCUGCGUCUCUUUCGCGCGCGCGGGCCGCCCGCGGCCGUCCCGCUCGCGGCGCGCGGCGGCGGCAACUCUCGCCGCGGCCGGGGCCCCGAGUCGUAGAGCCUCAUACGCGGGCCAUAAACGAGCCGCGGCCA